UCAACGCCUGCCCGGCCCGAAGACACCGUGGCUCUCGGAGGCGGCGGGCGCCGGGGGCUUCCCCCUGCUCUUUCCUCCUGCUCUUUCCUCCUGCGGUGGGAGAGGCCAGGCCCACGGAAGCCCCCUGCGGCCCAGCCCACGCUCCCAGGGACCAGAGAGGACCGAGCGGAGGCGGCGGGAGUGUCCCCGGCGCAGCGACAGACGGUGGACGGACGGCGAGCGGCCCAUCAACUCCGCGCGCCCCUCCCCUCCGCGGCUGGCGCCUCCCAGCCCCGCCACCUCCUGCCCAGAGCUGGGGGCGGCGGGGUGAGCGCCAUGGCAGAGGCGGGUCAGGGGCUGCGAGCUCUGGAGAAAGGGGCGGCGGCCGCACGUGCAGCUCGGCCGCGCCCCACUGAGCAGAGAGCCCCCUUCUGCCGCCGACAGCCCGCGUCUGCACCGAGCCGGUCUCGGCCGGGCGCUGCCUUCACACGCGCCCAGGAGUGUCACGUGCGCCGCUCACCCCCGGGAAGGAAGCCCCUCGCCCACCCACUCCGCUCUACUCUACUCUUUCUGCAGAUGUUAUUUUUGGCGGUAGGGCAGAGGUUGCGGCCCGAGGUCCGGGCGCAGGGACAACGGUCGCCAGCUCCUGCGCUAGUUCCGUUACUCCUCGGUGGCACACGGUCCUGGGCUGCGCGAGGCUCUUCCCGCCGUGGCCGCCGGGGAUUGGCUGCCGGCAAGCCCCGCCCCGUGCCCCCGGGCUCAGAGGGGGCGGAGCGCGGAGGGAGAAGGCGCGAAGGCUGGGCGUCGCGAUCGCAGGUGCACGCGCGUGGCCCGCGAGACGAGGAGAUCCUGUUGGAAAGCAACUGCAGCAUGUCCUGGAACAUUAGUCACCCCCAACUCUCUGAUAAACUGCUUGGGAAGAAUGGAGUGUUGGAGGAGCAGAAAUCUCCAGGAUUCAAGAAAAGAGAGACAGAAGUGUAUGUUGGCAAUCUUCCACUGGAUAUUUCUAAGGAGGAAAUUCUGUACCUUCUAAAGGACUUCAACCCUCUUGAUGUCCACAAAAUCCAGAAUGGCUGCAAAUGCUUUGCAUUUGUAGAUCUGGGCUCCAUGCAGAAAGUGACACUUGCAAUCCAGGAGCUGAAUGGUAAACUCUUCCACAAGCGAAAACUGUUCGUGAAUACAAGCAAAAGGCCCCCCAAGAGGACCCCUGAUAUGAUCCAGCAGCCUCGGGCCCCGCUGGUGUUGGAGAAGGCUUCUGGUGAAGGAUUUGGCAAAACCGCCGCUAUUAUACAGCUCGCUCCUAAAGCUCCUGUUGACCUGUGUGAGACAGAGAAACUGAGGGCAGCCUUCUUUGCAGUCCCGUUGGAAAUGAGAGGGUCCUUCCUGGUGCUGCUCCUGAGGGAAUGCUUCCGAGACCUGAGCUGGCUGGCACUCAUCCAUAGCAUCCGUGGGGAGGCGGGGCUGCUGGUGACGAGUAUCGUCCCGAAGACCCCGUUUUUCUGGGCCAUGCACAUCACUGAGGCUCUGCACCAGAACAUGCAGGCUCUGUUUAGCACCCUGGCUCAGGCAGAGGAGCAGCAGCCCUACCUGGAGGGCUCCACCGUUACGCGCGGGACUCGCUGUCUGGCAGAGUACCACCUGGGGGAUUAUGGACACGCCUGGAACAGGUGUUGGGUGCUGGACAGGGUGGACACCUGGGCUGUGGUCAUGUUCAUUGAUUUUGGACAGUUGGCCACCAUCCCUGUGCAGUCUCUGCGCAGCCUAGACAGCGACGACUUCUGGACCAUCCCACCCCUGACUCAGCCAUUCAUGCUGGAGAAAGACAUUUUGAGUUCGUAUGAGGUUGUCCAUCGAAUCCUCAAAGGGAAAAUCACUGGUGCUUUGAACUCGGCGUCGCACAUCCUAAAGUUUGAAGAGUCUAAAUAACGGGGCUUCCCUCAGCAUGUUCCCUCUCCUGUUUGCCACGGAUCCAGAGGCCACCUGCCCUGUCUUCUCGUACCCCUUUCACUCUUGAGGCCUGGGAGGUGAAAAAGACCAGACUGUGCCCAGGAUUGAUUCAAUUUUGCUUUUACUCCCAGCUUCCCUCUCAAAAGAGAGUGAAGUCUCAUUUGUCAUGUGUCUUCAGUUCCCCAACUUGGCAUGAACAUUUGAACCAAACAUAGGAAACUACCAUUAGGUUGAAAGCCUGAGGCAGCUGGGAUGGUCUUUCUUGUGUCUCUUCUUUGCACCCCAGAGCAUGAUAUAAGUGGUCCUAACAGAUUCUGGAUAAUGGAGAAGCCCUCUGCUGGUUUUCCUGGCAUUCCAUGUAGAAUAGGUAGAGAAUAUUUAACCAAUGAGCAAAUAAAUGUUGGCAUGUUUCAUGA